AUGGUUGGGACUGGACUUUUUUUCUUGAUGCUUCAAACAGGACCUCCCUCAAUCUUGCUCGAUCACCUUAAUAUUGGUUUGAUACCCCAAACUUCAAGCGCAAUGGCUCCCCUGGAAGAAUCUGGAGACCAGUUCUCCGUGCUUCCGGUCAAGAUUCUCGCGACAUCAUCUUACCCAGAGACCGCCAUUCAUGAGAUUCGCAUACGCAAAAAUGCGCCCAAGAUCCCAACCGCCAACGAUUCGCGAAGUCUAUUCCUCAAGAACAUUCCCGCGGACAGCACAGAACCUCACUUUCGCUCAAUUUUCACGCAGCUCGUAGGCGCCGGCCGAUUCGAGACCAUCACCUUCGAGAACGAGUCGCGCACAACGUUGGUUGUUGAUCCUGAGCAAGCCACAAAGGUCGCAGGUUUCGCAAAGAAGAGAAAGCGAGGAGACGUUGAGGCCGAAGAGAGGGAGCGCGAGGAGGAAGCUGCGCAACUACCGCAGAUCUGGUUGCGACGUGUCCAGCGCAGCAGUAGCACGGCAGUUGUGCUUCUAGCAGACGAGAAGAGUGUGCAAUUGGUACUCAAGGCUAUCUCGAAACUACAAAAGAACAAAAAGUAUCCUACAUGGGGCAACGAUCUGUCCGACGACGUCCCUGAUCUCGGUUCUGAAUGGAUCGCAUCACAUCUACAAUUGUCGCGCGUUGACAAGACUGCGACACAAAAGGCUGUGCACGCCUUCUUUACAUCAUUCAACCGCAAGGAGAAGGAAGCUGUCGAGCUGGCCAAGAGACUGCGCAACGAGCCUGAUGAGGAUGGUUUUGUUACAGUGACUCGCGGCGGCCGAGCAGCUCCCGCCAGCCGAAACGAGGCCGAGGAAGCCAAGCGCAGGAUGAUCGAGAGGGAAACCAAGAAGAAGUCGGAGCUCAAGGACUUCUAUCGCUUCCAGAUGAGAGAACGACGCAAGGCGGAGCAGAUGGCUUUGCUGAAGAGGUUCCAAGACGACAGGAGAAAGGUAGAUGCGAUGCGGGAAAAGCGAGGCAAAUUCCGGCCAGAAACUUGAAGUUGUCUAAUUCAAGGGUUAUUAAUUUGUCUGUGUUACAUAAAACUUGAAUGUCCACAUAUUUGCAGGACUGAUUCAAAUCAUCUCCGUAUUGACACCGAAUUCGCGUAUCUGCGAGUCAACAUGCCCAGUCGCUCAUGGUGAUUACGCCAUCACGACCCGACGCAGGGUUUUCUAUCCACCGCUUGGAUCAACAAUGAGCACGCUCCUACCGGUUGUGUCGGAUCCUAGGGGUCCUCGAGGCCAAGUACGGAGACGUUGGGCAAUAAGGGCGAGGCUUUCGGGCCUUUGGUUUCUACCCAAUAUUUUUUUUUCUUUGUAACACUCUCGGGCCAAGAUGAUAUCAAGGCGGGCAAUGCGGGGUGUACCCUGUCAAGACAAGGGGAGAGAUGAAAAUAUAGAUUCAGGCUUCAAAACUCGA